CUCGCCUCUUCCGUGCCGCACCGAGUCCUUGGGCUCGCCGUGUCAUCCUUCCUCGGUGGCCACGGGCCCAUGGGCCUCCAUGGCGACGGCAGGGGCCAGGCCCGAGGGCGGGUGGCCCGAGCGGGGCCGCGGCGCUCCGGGGGCCUCCGCGGCGGCGUCGCGGUGUUCGCGGCCGUGGCCGCCGUGUUCACCCUCACGCUGCCCCCCUCGGUGCCGGGGGGAGACUCGGGGGAACUGAUCACAGCCGCACAUGAGCUUGGAGUUGCCCAUCCUCCUGGCUAUCCUUUGUUCACGCUGGUGGCUAAACUGGCAAUUAUACUAUUUCCUUUUGGUUCAGUUGCCUACCGAGUCAAUCUUCUCUGUGGUUUAUUUGGAGCAGUAGCUGCAUCGUUACUUUUUUUCACCGUUUUCAGGCUUUCUGGCUCAUAUGCUGGAGGAAUCCUUGCUGCGGGGGUGUUUUCAUUUUCUCGUCUAACAUGGCAGUGGUCCAUUGCAGCAGAGGUUUUUAGCUUAAACAAUCUGUUUGUGGGGCUGCUUAUGGCUCUUACCGUACAUUUUGAGGAGGCAGCAACUGCAAAGGAGAGAUCAAAGAUAGCUAAAAUUGGUGCUUUCUGCUGUGGCCUUAGCUUAUGUAAUCAGCACACAAUAGUACUCUAUGUUUUGUGCAUAAUACCUUGGAUUCUCUUUCAACUUUUAAAAGAGAAGGAACUCUCCCUUGGCUCUUUGUUGAAGUUGAGUCUGUACUUCUCUGCUGGUUUGCUGCCCUAUGUCUACCUGCCUAUCUCAUCCUACCUCAAUCAAGCCCGGUGGACCUGGGGAGACCAGACAACAUUGCUAGGAUUUUUGACUCAUUUUCUUAGGGAAGAAUAUGGAACAUUCAGUCUGGCCAAAUCUGAAAUUGGAUCCAGUAUGUCUAAAAUAUUGCUUUCUCAAGUAACAAAUAUGAGGACUGAACUCUCAUUCAACAUUCAGGCCCUUGCAGUUUGGGCAAAUAUAUGUUUAGCAAGAAGAGACAAACAGAAUCCAUCAUUAGUAUGGCUUUUCACUGGAAUGUUUUGCAUUUAUUCAUUGUUCUUUGCUUGGAGGGCAAAUUUAGAUAUUUCCAAACCACUUUUCAUGGGUGUGGUGGAACGAUUCUGGAUGCAGAGCAAUGCAGUGGUGGCCGUCCUCGCUGGUAUCGGUUUGGCUGCACUUGUGUCUGAGAGUAACCGAGUGCUAAACAGCAAUGGGCUUCGGUGUCUGGAAUGGCUUUCAGCAAGCCUUUUUGUAGUUUACCAGAUAUAUUCUAAUUACAGCAUUUGUGACCAAAGGACCAACUAUGUGAUUGAUAAGUUUGCAAAGAACCUUCUAGCCUCUAUGCCUCAUGAUGCAAUUAUCUUACUCAGAGGAGAUUUGCCAGGAAAUUCUCUCCGUUACAUGCAUUACUGUGAGGGGUUGAGGCCAGAUAUUUCAUUAGUGGAUCAGGAAAUGAUGACUUAUGAGUGGUAUUUACCCAAGAUGGCAAAGCAUUUGCCAGGUGUCAACUUUCCUGGGAACCGGUGGAAUCCUGUGGAAGUAAUAUUACCUAGUGGAGUGGUCACAUUUAAUCUUUAUCAUUUUCUUGAAAUAAAUAAACAAAAAGAAACAUUUGUUUGCAUAGGAAUUCAUGAAGGUGACUCAACCUGGAAGAAGAACUAUUCACUUUGGCCAUGGGGGUCUUGUGACAAAUUAGUUCCUUCAGAGAUUGUAUUUAAUCCUGAGGAAUGGAUUAAACUUACAAGAAAUAUCUAUAACUGGACUGAAGAAUAUGGAAGGUUUGAUCCAUCUUCUUGGGAAUCUGUGGCCAAUGAAGAAAUGUGGCAAGCAAGGAUGAAAACUCCGUUCUUCAUCUUUAACUUGGCAGAAACUGCUAAUAUGCCUUCAAAUGUGAAAGCUCAACUCUACACUCAUGCAUAUAACCUCUAUAAGGAGAUAGUCUAUUUACAAAAGGAACACCCAGUGAAUUGGCACAAGAACUAUGCCAUCGCCUGUGAGCGAAUGCUGCGUCUUCGGGAAAGAGAUGCAAACCCUGAAGUCCUGUUAUCUGAAACCAUCAGACAUUUUCGUCUCUACACUCAGAAAGCACAGAAUGAUCCACAGCUGGCUGAUAUUUUAGUUGCUCUAAAGCACCUAAGAAAAGAACUGCAAAGUCUGAGAAAUAUGAAAAAUGUCUGAGACAGCAAAAUGUGAAAAACUUGCUUGUCAUUCAGCUUCCAAAAUUCUGAAGUCCAAAAGUUUUUCCUCUAAGAAACUGUAUAAAAAACUGUCAACUAAGUCACAUUCCAGCCAUAAGUAACAUGGUACAGCAGUACUGUUUAAUGGGGUGUUUAGUGACUGAGAUGUGCUAUUUAUGCAAAAUUCUGUUUAUCCCAUUUUAACAAAUUAGCAUUUCAGUGAGAAGUUUUCAUAAAAUCCUCCUACUUCCACAGUCUUUCACCAAAUGGACUGGACUGUGUUUAUUAGAUUCUAGAAGAGAACGGACUUUAUUUUCAUAUACCUAAUGUAUCAACCAUGAAUCUUUUAAGGACCAUCCUUACUGAGAUAAAUUUUAAAGGUUUUUUUUUGUUUUUUUGGUUUUUUUUCUGGUGGCUGCUUGGUGAUAUGGGGAUUCAAACUCUUGGCUUUGGUGUUAUAACACCACAUUCUAACCAAUUGAACUAACUGGCCGACAGAAUUUUAAAGGUUAAAUUCUUAAAAUGUUAAUA